AUGGCGGGCGCGGCGGGGCCUGCCGCCGGCUCAGGGGUCGCCGGCGGAGAUGGAGACGAUUCGCUCUACCCCAUCGCGGUCUUAAUCGACGAGCUCCGCAAUGAGGACGUGCAGCUCCGUCUCAAUAGCAUUAAGAAAUUAUCGACAAUUGCUCUAGCACUUGGAGUAGAAAGGACACGAACUGAACUGCUGCCAUUCCUUACAGAUACAAUUUAUGAUGAAGAUGAGGUACUGUUAGCUCUUGCUGAGCAGCUGGGAAAUUUCACUGGCCUGGUGGGAGGUCCUGACUUUGCCCACUGUUUGUUGCCUCCUCUGGAAAGCCUGGCAACUGUGGAAGAGACUGUGGUUCGAGAUAAGGCUGUGGAGUCCCUGAGGCAGAUUUCGCAGGAGCACAUGCCAGUGGCUCUGGAGGCUCACUUCGUACCUCUGGUGAAGCGCUUAGCGAGUGGGGAUUGGUUCACCUCUCGCACAUCUGCAUGUGGUUUGUUCAGCGUUUGCUAUCCCAGGGCUUCCAUUGCUGUCAAAGGAGAAAUUAAACAGUACUUCCGUUCCUUGUGCUCAGAUGACACACCAAUGGUCCGACGUGCUGCUGCUUCCAAACUGGGUGAAUUUGCAAAAGUUUUGGAAUUAGACAGUGUGAAAAGUGAAAUCGUUCCUUUGUUCACUAAUCUAGCUUCAGAUGAACAGGACUCAGUGCGCCUGCUGGCUGUGGAGGCCUGUGUCAGUAUUGCCCAGUUACUGUCUCAGGAUGACAUUGAGGCUUUGGUGAUGCCUACACUUCGACAAGCCGCAGAAGAUAAAUCUUGGCGAGUUCGCUAUAUGGUAGCUGACAAAUUUUCAGAGCUCCAGAAAGCUGUGGGUCCCAAAAUCACCCUAAAUGACCUCAUCCCCGCCUUUCAGAACCUACUCAAAGACUGUGAAGCUGAAGUCCGAGCAGCAGCUGCCCAUAAAGUAAAAGAACUUUGUGAGAACUUGCCUAUAGAAGGUAGAGAGACCGUAAUUAUGAAUCAAAUUCUACCCUAUAUAAAGGAAUUAGUAUCUGAUACAAAUCAACAUGUCAAGUCAGCUCUAGCUUCUGUAAUUAUGGGGUUGGCUACCAUUUUGGGCAAAGAGAAUACCAUUGAACAUCUUCUACCUCUCUUUUUAGCUCAGUUAAAGGAUGAGUGUCCUGAAGUUCGUUUGAAUAUCAUCUCCAAUUUGGAUUGUGUAAAUGAAGUGAUUGGAAUCCGGCAGCUCUCUCAGUCACUCCUUCCUGCCAUAGUGGAGCUGGCUGAAGAUGCUAAAUGGAGGGUCCGGCUGGCCAUCAUCGAGUAUAUGCCACUGCUGGCCGGCCAGCUGGGUGUGGAAUUCUUUGAUGAAAAGCUGAAUUCUUUAUGUAUGGCCUGGCUUGUGGACCAUGUGUACGCCAUCCGGGAAGCUGCCACCAGUAACCUCAUGAAGCUAGUUCAGAAGUUCGGUACAGAGUGGGCCCAAAAUACCAUCGUUCCCAAAGUGUUAGUAAUGGCAAAUGAUCCUAAUUACUUGCAUAGAAUGACCACUUUAUUCUGCAUUAAUGCACUGUCUGAAGCCUGUGGUCAGGAAAUAACCACUAAGCAGAUGCUGCCUAUUGUAUUGAAAAUGGCAGGAGAUCAAGUAGCAAAUGUCCGUUUCAAUGUGGCCAAAUCUCUACAGAAAAUUGGACCAAUUCUGGAUACCGAUGCUUUGCAGGAGGAAGUUAAGCCGGUACUACAGAAGCUAGGCCAAGAUGAAGAUAUGGAUGUCAAGUAUUUUGCACAGGAAGCCAUAAGUGCGGUGGCCCAAAGGCUGAGGAAGCUAGAUUUUCCUGUGAAGGACAGUGAAGAGCCCAGUGCCCCCGGGGCUGACAAGAACCACUUCCCGAGACCCAGAGGGCCUGAAGAGGACACGGGGAAGGCACAAAGAGGCCGAGUGGCUGGAGUGGCUUCCGAGGAGGCAGUAGCGACAGCCCGGUUUAGGGGUCCAGGCGCAGCCAAGGGACCAGCAUAUCAGCUGCACGUAAACACUAGAGACACUCUUCCCCAGUUGGAAAUUGGAGAACUAGUGCUUUUUUCCCAAAGCAUAGACUAA